AUGACGUCUUAUGGAUCACCUGGCACCUCCAGACCUCAGACGCAGAGACCGGACGUCAACUACCUGCGCGAUAUCUUCAACAAGGUCGACAAGGAUCGCAGCGGUCGGGUUGACGCCAACGAGCUGCAGCAGUGUCUGUCUAACGGCACCUGGAAGCCCUUCAAUCCUGAAGCGGUACGCAUGAUGAUCAACAUCUUCGACCGCAGCCGCACGGGCACGCUGAGCUUCGACGACUUCGUCUCGCUUUGGAACUACAUCAAUGACUGGCUACGGUGUUUCCAGGACUUUGACAAGGGCUCGGGUUCUAUAAACAGAAACGAGCUUCGUGACGCACUCAGGAGCUUCGGAUACCGUCUGAGUGAUGAAUCGGUCGAUCUUAUGCUCAUGAAAUACGACCCUGAAAGGAAAGGAUCGAUAAACUUCGAUGACUACAUCCUCUGUUGCGUCACUCUUCAGACGCUCACCAGCGCCUUCAAGAGCUACGACACUGACCAGGACGGCUACAUCACGAUAAGCUACGAAAACUUUCUGGAGCUCGGGCUAAGUGUUUUCACGCCAUAA